AUGGCAGUUACCCUACCGCGCAAUGGCGCUCGAAUAGCCUCCGACACCCGCCAGGUCGAGAUACCCACCCUCCAACCCACACAGCCUCCGCCGCGCUCGAGACGGAAACCACGGAGCGCAUCCUCGCCCCUCUUCCUCCUCUUCGUCGUUGCCUCGUUCCUCCCACUCACGACCGCCGUGUUUGUCAACUUUGAAAACUGCUUGGAGCCCGUCUUCUUCACCACGCCGAACCGAACGUCCUACCUCCACUUCACCCCGCUACAUGUCUGGGCCGAAUUCAACACCACGGCGCCCAGCCACAAUCUGAACAUGACGGUGUACGGGGAUGUAUCAGGACAGACGGGCAAUGGAGAGUACCCUCCUCCGUUGGACAGGAGCUGGUCGGACCCAAACAAGACCUUUGGCAAGAUAGUGGAUGUAGACCCAGAAGGCAACAAGUUCACGACCUUGUUCGCCAACGUCAAAGUCCUGACCUAUUCAGCAUGGACCUCACCUUCGAUCCAGUUUUGCUCAUCGCUUGUCAAAGGGAGCUGUCCAGUGGGUCCUUCCUUUAGCGACAACACGAGCGACGUCUCCACGCUACCUGCCUUCAGCGUUGCCCACGACUUCCACAGCACCUAUUCCUUUGCCACUUGGGCCGCAACCCUGCGCAUCGUACAAGGCAAUACUGGAGCCCAGGCGCUUGGCUGUAUAUCUGCCAACAUUACACCAGACCUAGGACAUAGACUAUCUAAUGCGCUUUGUUACAUGCCCGCCGCUGUACUUGCGCUUGUCGCCAUUGCCACCAUCUUUGCCGCAACAUGCAGCCCAUGGGGAACCUCCAAUGUCUUCCGUUGGACGAGCAACUAUGGCCGAGACGAGGAUCUGCUGCGCCUCGUCACCCCGGGUUUUGGAGAUUGUCUGCAAUACAUCCAGUUCAUCGUCUUGGCCGGUAGCCUGAGUCUCAACUACCCUGGCUUCUUUCAGCCAGUCGUCAGCCAGGCCAGCUGGUCGGUCCUGCUGUUCAACCAAAGCUUCGUGAGCCACGGCAAUGGAUCCCAGAGUCUUGUCGAUGGAAUCUACUUCGCCAACGGAACCUACGGCCUGACGCGUCUUGGACAGUAUGUAGGCAUGACAAAGGAGAGGGACAUUUGGGCUUGCAUGGCCAUCUUCCUGCUUGUACUUAUCAGCAUCGCAGUUCUGCUCACUCAGCUCGGCUUUCUUGGACGAUGGUUCUCGCGGUAUCUGACCAAGACGCAGGACGGCGACCUCACGGGAAAGAACUGGUCUUUUACCGCAGGCCACAUUGUUCGCAUCGUCUUCAACUACUUCAUGCUUCCCAUCGUGUCCAUAUCACUAUUCCAGCUUGUUGUAGGCCCACGCUCGCCGGGAUCCGUUGUAGCCGCGGCUGUGGUCUUGCUCAUGCUAGUCACCGGCGUCAUCACCUGGAUCUUCUGGUUCAUUUUCACGACCCGUCCUCGAGCUCACUUGUUCGAUGACUUGCCGACUGUGCUAACCUAUGGACCGCUCUACAACACCUAUUCGGACGAUGCCGCACCCUUUGCAUUCAUCCCUGUGUUGCUGACCAUCAUACGCGGAGUCGCCAUCGGUGCCAUCCAGCCUUCUGGUAUUGCGCAGAUCAUCAUCCUCGCUAUUUGCGAAGUCAUCUUAAUCCUAACCCUCCACGCUUUCCGGCCUUUUCAGUCAAACACUUCGAUGAACGCCUACCAUACCUUCUUUUCGGCCGUGCGACUCACCUGCAUCCUGCUCAUGGUUGCUUUCGUUCCCUCUCUCGCCGUGUCCGAGGCCCCGAAAGGCUGGAUCGGUUACGCUAUUCUUCUACUUCACGCCAGCGUUUUGGUGUUUGGCUUCUUCCUCAACUCCUUGCAGACCAUCAUCGAAGUUGCCGCAAGGUUGGGGGGUGCAGGCGCAGAUCAGAGAGGCGGUCUUACUUCAGUCUUCGGCAAGCGUCAAUUGUCCAAGCGAGCAGCUCACCGGCAACAGCGGAGCAGCCUCAACUCGAAUGCGGCAAUGCUCUCGCAUGACGAGAACAAGAACAUCCAGCUCAUGGAUAGUAGAUCUCGAAGCCUGUCUGCCAGUUCCGCGGUUCUCCUCAACGGACCCUAUGACAGGGAGAGUGCUCGCGCUAGCCUAGGGUUCGAUCAAUUCAGUGGUGAAUACAAUGCGGGCAACACAAGUCCAGGCACACCCGGGACGAGUGCGACACCCUACACCCCACUAGGUGGCGGGUCAAAUCCGAGUUCUCGAAGACCAACCAUGGGCGCGGCUCUGGACGCCGCAGACCCUUACUACCGACCUCCACGUCCACGGAAGCACACUAUGGACUCGCUCAGACCAGGUACCCAAGGCAAAGGAGCUGUUGGAAGCGCUGAUAUUGCAGAUGUGCCCUACUCCGACAAUGCGGAUCUUGAGGUCGGCGAUGUUGGGGAAGGUCCAUCUCGGACUUCAGGCACCCCAGCUCCUGCUUAUCUACGAAUGAACCGAGACGACUCAGACCCGAACCUUGAGCGACGAAACAACACGGAUUAUUCCGUGCGAGAAUCCGACUUCUACUACGGCCUCCGCGGACCCGCCUUGUCUUCGCAGCCUACCCGGAAACGGAAGACUGGACCUGCAGAUCCCAUGAGCCCGGUGUCUUCUGCUACAGGCUGGUUCAAGAGCUUGAAUCUUUUGGGUGGCAGGAAGAAGGAGAAGAGCAAAGGGUUCGAGGUUGUCAGGAGCACGCGCAUGCCGCCCCAGAUGAUGGCUGUGGACGAAGACGACGAGCACUCUCCAGAGGUCCCACAUGAACCUUAUCGCGACAGUCCAGAAUCACCACCCCGAACGAAGACGGCACCAGGUGUGGCUUCCGCAGGAGUCUUGGCCGGUGAAGGAAGCUCUUCCUCUGACAGCGAGUCAGACGCAAGCGACGUGGAGUAUGAUCGAGCGAACCGAGUCUCGGCCAUGGCACCAACAUUAGGGCCUAUUGGGACUUUUGGCGGAAUCGAGCUUCCCAGUAGAGUAGGGUCGCGCGCAUCCCGCAUUACACAAACGCGAAGCCCUCUGAGUCGAGCGCCGACAAUACCACGCAAGAACUCUCGACGCACACGCUCAACUGACAUUUCAGCACUCACGGGCUCGAAUCGACUAUCAACCGUCAUGGACUCUACCCCAGCCACGCCCCACUUCCCGCCGCCCCAGGGCAAUCAACAUCUGCAGCCUACCUCUACCGGCUUGCCUAUCCGCCUUCCCUUUGGAUCCACGGAGCCGUCGCCUUCUCCUGAACGCUCCCCAGAGCGCUCCGCAGGCUCGAGCAUCUAUCGUAACGAGGCACCGCCUCCUAUCGGCGCACAAGGGGAGCGACCUUUGAGCACGGGGUACGUGCAGCACCACGUAACAAAGGACAGUCUUCACAGCGACGGGUAUGACGCUGGAAACCACCUCGAAGCUUCAGCAGAGUUUGUGGAUCGGAGUCGUAGCGGGAGUACGCAGAGAAGUGGGCGAAGUCAGAAGCCGAACUAA